AUGUCUUCUUUGUUACUGGACAAAAUAAUGAAAGAUGCCCAGCAACUUGUGGGGAAAUUGAAGCAGAAUGAGAAUCGAACAGAAGACAUCAUCAAUAUGUUUCAAACUUUGCAGAAUAAAGUUAAUGAUAUGAACAAGUACCAAGAUGUCUCAGGGAUGCCUCAAGUUCAAGUUGACCUUCCUCUGCAAAUCCUAGAUUUUUCGUUGCUACCCGAAAACCAAAAAAUCAAAGAAUUAGAAGCAGAAAACGAGGAACUAAAAAAUCAUUUAGAAGAGCAUCAAAUAACUUUAGAGCUGGUUAUGAGCAAAUACAGAGAACAUAUCAACAAACAUCUUAAUAAGAAUACUUUAAGUUCUUCUCUAGAUAGUAAAACUCAUCAAGAUAACCUGAAUCUCCUUCACAAUAAAAUCAUCUCCAUAAACGAAAUGGGUGAGACGAUGUGGAGGGCUCUGGCGGCAGAGGUGGAAGUGGCCACAGAGGACAUUGUGGCCAAAGGAAGCAAUGCAGAGGACGCAGCCAACGACGAUGAGGACGACAACCGGAAGCGAAAACUCACCCAGCUCCUGAAAGAAUACCACAACCUGAAGCAACUUCUCGACGUCAGCGCUACGUUCGGCAACAAUUGCCUCUUCGAUAGACAAAAACUCGACCUACUCUACGACCGCAGAAGGCCAAUUAACUGUUUUGAGAAUGAUCAAAAUGUGUCCAUUAUAGAAAACAAGAAAUUAGGAUAUAACGUUAAUUGCGAUGGUAAUGACGACGACGAUGGCGAUAAUAAUAAUAAUAAUAAUAAUAAUAACAUUAAUAAUAACAAUAAUAGUAGCAAUAGUAAUAAUAAUAAUAACAGUAGUAAUGAUGAUGACGAUUAUGAUAGUAAUACUGAAGAGCCUUUUAUGUAUCAAUCAUCCCCUGAAUCUAACCAUUCCCAAAUAUACAAUGACUCAUCUGAAUAG